AUGUCUCACAUGCUGAACAAGUUGCUCUUUCGAAAGAAGGACAGCCAGGAGGCCCAUCCACAAAUCACUAAUAAUGACCCACAGUGGUGGAACAACCAUAAAGCCCAAUUCUCGGGUUCCCACCCAUCCACUUCUUCAGCUGCUCAGCGAGCUACACAGGUCCUGCCUCUGCUGAUGAAAUCUUCUCCAGCUCCAAAGGAGGUCAAGAAGAAGAUUCAACUUCCAGCACUGGGGCUGCCCGAUAUGGCCCAGAAAGGAACUGUCAAGACCCCUCCGAGGGCUCCUCAAAUGGAGGUCAAGCAUGGCCAGAAGGAGCCUCCUUCCCUUCCAAGAGGGCCUGAGAGGGAAAAUGCUCGGAGAAGCAUUCUUGACCAGGGGAGAAAACGCUCCCAAGAUGCCAUCCUAUCUUUAUAUCCAGAACUCUCGGAUGAACACUUCCAAUAUUUGUGGGAGAGCAAACGGUCGCUCAAAGGCAAAUCGGUCAAAGAAAUCUUGGACUCGAUGGAGGACAAAGAAAUAUUGGAUACCAUCUUGAAACAUCUUCAUCCUCCCCAGAUUCCUGCAGACCACAAAGUCACCAGGGGGAAAAUGAGUGGAUGGCAGCCGAUCAGCCAGAAGCCUUCAAGGCAACAAAGCGCUUCCUACUUCUUGUCUAAAGAGAAGAUAAACCUGUACAAAUAUUAUGGCUUAAAAUUGAGAAAUACCAAGCAGAAAGACCUUGUGAAACAUCACCUCAAGAAGCUUCUGGCAAUCUCAUUUGCAGAGGAGACAGACAGAGAGGAGCCACAAUAUGUGUCUGACAGACGGAUUAGGACAACAUUAAUCCUCUGCUAUGGACAAGCAGCCCAGGGAGCCUCCCCUAAAGACCUGGGUGUUUUCAUCCAACCCAUCGUGUCCGAAAUUCUCGUCCAGUACUCCACCAUGAACAAGGACGAAGGCCUGAAGAAAGCCUUCAUGAGGUCCAUCAUCAUGGUCACCAAAGCGGCUGCCCUCAGCAGGAGGCAAGACCUCCAUCUACCCCAGAAACAGGAAUUGGUCACCAAGAUCAUCGAAGUCAUUGAAGAUGAGCCUGUGAGGCCCUUGUCUGUCAUAAUUCUCCAUCAAGCCAUCGUCACCAUCACCUGCAUGAGCCGUAUGAAGCCCUCCUUGAACUCCGAGGUGAGGUCUAAAGUGGUCAACCAAAGCAUCUGGAAGGUGUUUUCAUUGCCAGCUAUCAAGGUGUCCACAAUGAAAACAGAUAGCCAACCCCCAUCAUCUCACUCUCAGGAUUUCUAUCAUCAGACAGCCACUGCCUGCAACAACAUGCUGACCGGAUUGCUGUCUGAAGCUCCCAAUUUGGAUGCCCUGCAGGACAUCCUGAUGGACAUAAAUCCCUGGAUCGACUCUCCCAAGAGUCACGAGAGAGAGAGGGCCCUCAAGACCAUCAAGCACCUCCUCAAGUUCGUUUCAGACAAUGUCAAUUUCGACACCACAGCUGACUUCUCUUUGCUGGGGCAGCUGGUGGCUUUGCUGGCCCUGCACAUUGGCGACACCAGCCCAGAAGUUGGCCAGACGUCUGCAGAGGCUGCCUACUACCUGCACCACCUCCUCAUGAGCAAAAUGGUGGCGAAGGCCUUUGGGGAGCAUCUCAGCCCAUUGCAGCUAACGCAGCUGAUUUUGGAAACCCUGGAGGCUUUGACGCACGUGGACAAGAACAUCUCUCAGUCUGCGGGGCUGCUCCUCAACGCCAUCCUGGUGGAGUGUGGCAUGGAUAUGGAAGAGCUACCCAUGAUCUUGAAGGAGAUCUACCACCGUCUCCCGAAUAUUACCCACCCAGCAACAAAAUAUCUCACCCUCAAGGGCGUAUGUCACUUGGCCUCCAAGAGGGUCAACCGAGUUGUGGACAUAUUGCUGGAAUCCUCCAUUGGCUGUGAUGGAAAUGCCAGGGAGAUUUGGGGGGCGCUGGCUGCAGACCCUUAUGCCAACUUCAAGAUCAUGAAGCCCCUCUUGAAAAGGCUGCAGGACCAAGACCCCAGCACCGAAGCCCUCGCAAGGAGGAACAGCAAGUCCCUCAUGCCUAUUGCUGCCACCAACGCCCUCUGUUUCCUCCUGUCCCUCCCAAAUGCUGCUGAGCUCCUCGACAACAAAUUCUCCAACCUGCUCCUUGCCCUGGUCACGCAGCUGUACUUCCUCCUGGGAGCCAGCAAGAGUAGAUCCAGGUCCAGCAGAGUCAUGGACCUUUCAGAACAGAUCAACCUCUUGAGCAUGGCAGUGCAGGCGAUCAAAAACCUCAUCCUGUCUGCCGGAUAUGAAGAGGAAUACAAAGAUUUGGGGACUCUGGGAUGCUGGGAGAUGCUGUCGAGCCCAGAUGGUCUGUUUGAGGGCAUUUUCCACCUGGUCCGGAAACUCUUCACCUACUCUAAAGUGGAGCUGAAGAUGAUGUUCAGACAUGCCAACACCUACCUGCACCGUCCCAACUUAAGGGAGAAGACAAUUGGCAUGGUGUUCUUCUCGGAGCUUCUCUAUCACCCGGAGCUCGGACACUUCUUCAUCAUGCAGGACAUUCUCAAUAUCCUCCAAGAAUGGAUGGCUCAGCCAUAUCCCCUCAUCCAAAUAUAUGCUAUUCGUGGUCUGAGGUAUCUUCUCCAGCACCCCUUUGAGAAUACGAUGUUAGAGCUGGUGCUAGUCCCUGUGGUCAACUGUGCUUGUCACCCAGAUAAAUUUGUGGCAAAGGAAUCACUCUGGACCCUUCAGUUUCUUUUCCGGCAUCUGAAUGCUCAAACCUAUGGAUGGAAAGCUGUUAAUCUUAUUCCGGUCCUGGGGAAGUAUUUUGCUGAUGAGGACACCGAGUUGCGCAACACCUCCAUUACCGUUUUUGGCCUGGUCUUAAAAGGGGUCAAGGAGGCAGAGGGGAAUCUGACCGAAUCCAUCCUGCGCAACCUGAUUCCUCUCAUAAUCCAGUUGGCUAAUAGUUGGACCCAAGAGAUCUCCAGGAACACCCUGAACUCCUGCGUCUCCUUUAUGAAGUGGGAGGAAGUUCCAGAGACUUUGUUUGACUACAAGAUUUACACCAGUCUCCAGAGCAUGUAUUCCAGCAUCUGCUCGGAGGUGAUCAAUCGAUGCAAGGAAAACCUGCCGGAAAUGUUGGCGCAGAUGCUGGAAUUCCUGAAGAGCCGGAAUUCUUCAUCCCGAGAGGCAGCUGCCCUCUUAAUUGGCUGCUGUGCAGAAUACAUGAAACGGAAUGUGGUGACUUCCAAACAAAUCGAAGAAGUUUUCCUGGGUCUCCGGGAUCUGCAAGAGGAUCGCGAAGCCUCUGUGGCUCACGCUGCAGCUGAGUCCAUGGAAGUAAUCUUCCGGCAGUGCGGCCAUCGGAUCAACCCUGAUCUCAUUAGCAGCCAGCUCCUCUCCAAAGUCAUCCGGAACAUCUCCGUGACCAAACUGUCAUAG